AUGGCGGAACAAGCAUCUAAAAUAUCUGCCUUGGAGCAAAAUGUCGAGAUUACUGAUCUUAAAGCUGCAAAAGCUCCACCAGGCUCAUUUGUCGUUCCCGAAGCUUUCCCAAAUGUUGAAUCCCUACACGUCGUGUUGGACAUUGCUGCUACAAGGAAGAGCGAGGGCAAGGAGCUUGACGCACUCAAGCUAUAUCGACGAGCCGCCGACUAUAUUACAGCUGCAAUGCUAUAUCUCAGAAAGAAUACACUACUGCGUCAAGAUCUCAAAGUCGAUGACAUCAAACCACGAUUGCUGGGCCAUUGGGGUACUUGUCCAGGAUUGACUUUGGUAUACUCUCACUGCAACUACCUCAUCAAGAAACACUCUUGCUCUGUCCUCCUCGUCGUUGGACCUGGUCACGGAGCUCCUGCAAUCCUCGCAAACUUGUUUUUGGAAAACACGCUUGGAUUCUUUGAUCCAAAAUACGCAUGGAAUAAUAAUGGAUCUCAGGCUUUGAUUUCUGGAUUCUCGUGGCCUGGAGGAUUUCCCAGUCAUGUCAAUGCACAAGUGCCCGGUACUAUUCACGAGGGUGGUGAAUUGGGGUAUUGUUUGAGUGUCUCGUUUGGUGCAAUCAUGGACAAUCCAGACUUGAUUGUCACUUGUGUAGUCGGUGAUGGAGAAGCGGAAUCUGGACCUUUGAGUGGAUCUUGGAAUGGUUACAAGUUUAUUGAUCCAAAAGAAUCUGGUGCUGUCUUGCCGAUUCUUCACGUGAAUGGCUUCAAGAUUGCUGAAGGAACGAUAUAUGGAAACAUGUCAAACGCCGAACUCGCUACCCUCUUCACUGGAUUUGGCUACCAAGUUCGCAUCGUCGAGCAUAUGGCAGACAUUGAUGCUGAUCUUGCUACCUCUAUGGAAUGGGCCUACCUUGAAAUCCGCCGCAUACAACAUGCAGCUCGUACAGGCUCUCCAAUCAUGAAACCACGCUGGCCCAUGAUUGUGUUACGAACACCCAAAGGAUGGAAUGGUCCAAAAGCCACUCAUGGUCUGCCUGUAGAAGGAUCAUGGAGAGCUCAUCAAAUCCCAUUGACAAAUCCAUUCACGGAUGAUGAGCAAUUCAAGGGUUUAAAUCAAUGGUUGAAGAGUUAUGGACCUGAAGAGCUGUUUGAUGAUAAUGGUGUUCCGAUUGCUGCGGUUUUGGAUGCUGUGCCGAGUGAAAUGCUUCGAAUGGGACGUAAUCCUCAUACCUAUGCCGUCCAUGAAGAACUUGACACGCCAGACCCAUCAAAGUUUGCAGUCAAGGAGAGCAAGAAUGAAACUGAAUGGGUUGGCGCAAUGGGCAUUGCUGGAAAAUACUUGGCCGAAUUGACUCAAAAGAACCCCAAGAGCUUCCGACUCUUUUCACCUGAUGAAAUGGAAUCCAACAAACUUGGCGACAUGCUGAAAGUAACUACCCGAAACUUCCAACCUGAUCCAGUCACUGCCAACAGUGGUGGUCGUGUCAUUGAAAUCCUUUCAGAACACAACUGUCAAGGUUGGAUGCAGGGAUAUACGCUGACAGGUCGAACUGCCCUCUUUCCCUCAUAUGAAGCAUUCUUGGGUAUUAUUACUACCAUGAUGGUACAAUAUUCCAAGUUUGCCAAGAUGUCUCGUGAUACCCCUUGGAGAAGGAAUUUAUCGUCGCUUAAUUAUGUUGAAUCUUCCACUCUCUGGCGACAAGAACACAAUGGCUUCAGUCAUCAAAAUCCUGGAUUCAUUGAUACUGUUGUCAAUCUCAAGUCAAAUCAAUCUCGCGUGUAUUUGCCUCCAGAUGCCAACACGUUAUUGGCUACAAUUGACCACUGUAUGAGAUCCAAGGGCCACGUCAAUCUCAUCGUCUCUGGCAAGUCGCCAGUCCCAGUAUACUUCAACACAUACGCAGAAGCCAAACAUCACUGUAACGCUGGUGCAGGUAUCCUCAAAUUCGCAUCUACUGAUGGUGGCGUCAAUCCAGAUGUCGUCUUGGUUGGUUGUGGAUGUGAGACUACGAUGGAAGUUGUCGCUGCCGCUGCUCUAUUGAAGAAGGAUGCACCUGCGUUGCGUGUACGAGUGGUCAAUGUGACUGAUUUGAUGAUUUUGGCUGAUCCUGGUGCUUCUGGUCAUCCACAUGGAUUGACUACUGAGCUCUUCAACUCGUUGUUUACGGCUGAUAAGCCCAUCGUUUUCAACUUCCAUGGUUAUCCAAGUGUCGUCAAAUCGCUCUUGUUUGAUCGCGUUGCUGGAUGUGAUCGUUUGGUUGUGCUUGGAUAUAUCGAAGAAGGAACUACAACAACACCAUUCGACAUGCUGGUCCUAAACCAGGCAGAUCGAUUCACUGUCGCCAUACGUGCUCUAACAAUGGCAUCAAAAGUCGUGGCAGUUGCACCAGACGUUGUUCCAUUGAAUGCAAAGUAUUUGGCCAAGAUUCACGAACAUCAAAAGUAUAUCUUGGCUACAGGACAGGAUAUGCCUGAAUUCUCUGUACAGCCUGUGUUUUGA